CUGAGCCAGCGCGCGACUCUCCCCGGAGGAAUUAGCGGCUGUUCGGGAGGAGCUGCAGGAGCCGCCGCCGCCGCACAAAAUGACAGUCGGCUUGCUUCUUCCUCUGGCGGCCGCUUUAGUCCUCACAAGCUCACCGGGGAGUGCUGGAGAUCCGACGGCGGAUCCAUGCAGACUUGGAUUCUCCCAGAAUUUCUACACCGUCUUUAUCCCACGGGAGCAGCUGCAGGGCCAGAGCAUUGUCAAAGGUACCCUGCUGUCGUCUGCUCGAGUGAAGUUCGAGGCUUGUCACCUGAACGAGAGGAUCAGCUUCGAGAGCAGUGACCCCAAAUUCAGCGUUCGUCCGGACGGAUCUCUGUACGCAGAACAAGAUGUGACGAACCUGUCCGAGCCUGUCCAGUUCAUGGUGACGGCUCAGGGGAGCAAAAACACGCAGAUCUGGGAGACGACCGUGAAACUGGCCAUCGCCGGACACCCACUUCCUCCUCUCAUAAACCAGAUUGGUGAUGAAACAGGUCAUCACUUAAGAUCCCACCACAAUCAUUACUCCAACCCCAGAGUCAUCAUGUUCCCACGCCGACACCAGCGAGGCUCCUCCACCAAUGGGCUGCGCCGUCAGAAGAGAGACUGGGUCAUUCCUCCCAUCAAUGUGCCCGAGAACUCUCGAGGACCCUUUCCACAAAUGCUCGUCAGGAUCCGAUCGGACCAGGAUAAAGAGAUUGAAAUCCGGUACAGCAUAACGGGAGCUGGCGCUGAUCAGCCACCCAGUGAUGUCUACAUCAUUGACCCCAUCACUGGGAAAAUGUCCGUCACCAAGCCGCUGGACAGAGAGGACCGAGCCUCCUACCAUCUGAGAGCUCACGCAGUGGACAUCAAUGGAAAUCAGAUGGAACCACCGAUUGAUCUGUAUAUUUAUGUCAUCGAUAUGAACGACAACAGGCCCGAGUUCCAGAACCAGGUUUAUAACGGAUCCGUUCCUGAGGUCUCCAAACCAGGCACGUCAGUGAUGCGCGUGACCGCGAUCGACGCCGAUGACAGCACGAUGCCCAACGGCCUAGUGCACUACAGGAUCCUGAAUCAGAGUCCACACAUCCCCAUUCCCAACAUGUUCACCAUCAACGGAGGGACGGGUGAGAUCAGCACCAUCGCAGCAGGCCUGGACAGAGAGAAAGUGUCUCAGUACACGCUAAUCGUGCAGGCCACAGACAUGGAGGGCAGCCUGAACUUUGGCCUUUCCAACACCGCGACGGCUCUCAUCACCGUCACCGACAUCAACGACAAUCCUCCAGAGCUCGACGCAAAAACGUUCCUGGGCGAGGUGCCGGAGAACGCGGUGGGUAUAGUCGUGGCUAAUCUGACCGUGCGAGACCGAGACCAGCCUCACACCCCCAACUGGAACGCAGUUUACAGGAUAGUGGGCGGAGACUCCAUGGGCCACUUCACCAUCCGGACUGAUGAGCUCACCAAUGACGGCAGAGUCACAGUGGUCAAGCCAGUGGACUACGAGAGGAACGGCGCCUUCAUGUUGACUGUGGUGGUAUCGAAUCAGGCCCAUCUGGCCAGCGGCAUCCCGUCGUCUCUGUCAUCCACUGCGGGCGUCACCAUCUCCGUGCUGGACGUGAACGAGGCUCCCGUCUUCCCCUCCAACCCCAAAGUAAUUCGCUUUGAAGAAGGAGUUCCUGCUGAUACCACGCUCACUAUAUUCGCUGCUCAGGAUCCAGACCGCUUUAUUCAACAGACUGUCAGGUACUCUAAGCAGUCCGAUCCUGGAAACUGGCUCCGAAUCAACAAGACAAAUGGGCAGAUCACGACGACAGCCAUAUUGGACCGGGAAUCACCUUACGUGAAAAAUAACGUGUAUGAAGCGAGUUUUCUGGCUGCAGAUAACGGGUCUCCUCCUGCAACAGGAACAGGCACUUUGCAGAUCUAUCUGAUAGAUGUAAAUGAUAACGUACCAGUGCUGGUGCCUAGAGAGGCCCAGCUGUGCGAGAGGUCACGACCUGGCUCCAGGAUCAACAUCACGGCCUCAGACGCCGACGCCGAGCCCAACGCCGGGCCGUACGUCUUCGAGCUGCCCUCGUUCCCUCCGUCUGUUCGGCGCAACUGGACCGUCUCGCGUCUGAAUGGUGUGACACUUUUAAGAAGUAGAACAUCCAGUACAAAUAGUGAAUACGCACAGCUCAGGCUGAGGAUCCCAUACCUGGAGGCAGGUGUGUACCGUGUGCCUGUCCUGGUCUCGGACUCGGGCAACCCUCCCCUAACAAACCGCUCCAUCAUCAGAGUGAAGGUGUGUCCUUGUGAUGAGCAUGGCGAUUGUACUUCACUUGGAGCCGUGGCAUCUGCAAGCCUGGGCACGGGAGCCAUCGUUGCCAUCCUCAUCUGUAUCAUAAUCCUUCUCAGCAUGGUUCUGUUUUUUGUGGUGUGGAUGAAGCGCAGAGAGAAGGAGCGACAGACCAAACCUCUUCUCAUUGACCCAGAGGAUGACGUUAGGGACAACAUAUUGAAAUAUGAUGAGGAGGGAGGGGGAGAGGAGGAUCAGGACUAUGACCUGAGUCAGCUGCAGCAACCCGAGACUCUCGAGCACAUCAUGAGCAAGCCAGGGGGCGUGAGGAGAGUAGACGAGAGGCCAAUCAUCCCAGAGUCCCAGUACCCAAUACGACCCAGCAUACCUCACCCUGAAGACAUCGGCGAGUUCAUCACUGAUGGUCUGCGAGCAGCGGAUAAUGACCCAACAGCUCCACCGUACGACUCUCUGCUCGUGUUCGAUUACGAGGGCAGCGGUUCGACAGCCGGCUCCGUCAGCUCGCUCGACUCGUCCAGUUCGGAAGAGCAAGACUACGACUAUCUCAACGACUGGGGGCCGCGCUUUAAAAAACUGGCCGACCUCUAUGGCGGCGGGGAUGACUGAGGGUGGAGCUCCAGGGAUGAGAGAGGGGCCCACAUGAGGGAGUCAGCAUCGUUCCACCGAAGAGCCAUAGGAGCAUUCCUGCACAAGACACUCUAAUGAGGAGAGAUUUUUUUUUUAAAAAGGGACCAUUGCUGCUUUCUGCGAGUGUGUUUCUCUCUGUCGUCUCCCCCCCCCCCCGUGCUGGCAAGUUUAUCCUUGUGAAUUUUGCUUUUGGCUGUCUGGAGAGCUGCAGCAGCCCUGGUAGGAGAGACCAAGUCCUUCAUGAGCUCUGAAACAAAAAAAAUCCAUGCGUCACUUCAGCUCUGAAGAGGACAGGACAAAUUUAUCCGCUCUCUCGACUUGAAUUUUAUUUGAUAAGCACUGUCGUUGCUCAAGUGCCUUUUCGUGGUGUUUUUUGUACCAGAGACUCCUCAGGGUCAGCUGCUGUUUUAAGCUCAUUUUCAUGGCAGCGGUACACGCCCUCGUUCCCUUGGUCCCUCCGCUCCACGUCUACUCACUCAUUCUCUAUUAACGGUGCAGGAAAAAAAAACUUGACCAUGGAGAUGAAAGACAAUUUCUUCUGUUAGCAGAUGUGUUUAAAAAAAAAAAAAAAGAGACACUACAACAAGGGGCACAUCUAAUUUUCCAGGAACUGAGAUGUAGGAUUCGGGUGACCCAGUUUAGAAAUUUGGUCUUGUAAUUAUGACCACGAUUUACCAAGGUGGUGAUCAAGUGACAACUUUUGUGAUUUUUUUUUCCCCCAAAAGAACAAAAAAAGCCUUUUUGCUCAGACACUUGCCUGCCUUGUUUUUGCGUUGCAUUGUAACUCGUCCGAGCAGGCCACCAGUCAGACUGCAUCGCAGGAGGAGCGAUUUAUCCAUCUCGAACAUUCCCCUUGUCAAGGUUGAUUGGACUUGUACAUGCAUGAUUUCUCUCAAGAGCGGCGUCUUUAAUCAGCCGCACUCGUACCUUGUGGUCAGAAUGUGAAAAGUAGUUGGCAAAGAACAUGUAUAACCUGUAUAGUUAAAAAAAAAAAAAAAAUGCUGUAAAUACAUAUUUUUGGAUGUAUUACCUGAACAUUUGCUGCUCUCCAAGGUCCUUACAGGGCUAAAUGAGAAUUUUUCUGCCCCAGUGGUUUUGAGUACAUCAUUGUGUGAGAGAGUGAACACCUUUUGCUUUUAGCACGUUCUCUUUUGCAAAUGUUUUUCAUACAGUACAUUCUUUUAGUUCUUUCUAUGAGAGCAAAUCACACCUGCUUCUAAUGUUGUGUGUUUCUGAGCUACUUGCUCAUUCAC